AUGUCAUCUGUUGUCCCGAUCGCAUCGGUCUUGCACUAUUUAUUACGGGGAAUUUUUAGAACGGUGAUUUUCGAGGCGGAAGUUAUCGAUAAAAUCGAUCCACAGGGCAGUGGAGACUAUCCACGCUGCUGGGUUGGUGCAAUGGACCGCUGCACGCAGCAAGAGUGUAUCAGGCGACGAGGCGAUGCUAAGCUGCUUAAACGGACGAUCGCAGGCGUGCCGCGGGAUCAGGCGGCGCCCCUGACCGCGACAGCCUAUGAGGCCCGGAUGCGAGCCGGAAUGCCACCUUUGCCUUUUUCGACUCCUGGAGCCGGCCUGCACCUGUCGACCACCUUGCGCCCGGAUCUGCCAUCCAAAUCUCCUAUCAACUACUCCCUCCUCGUCCUGUACACACACUGCCCCGUCCAGUGUGUCUGCUUCCCUUCAGCACCUGUUCUUCGCUUCUUCACGCCUCCUCGACGCCACCACCUCGGUCCUUGGCCACUCUCUCCAGGCCCGAGCGCUUCUCCCGUCACUCGUUUGAAACACGCGUCCACCGGAACGAACUUGAUCCAGGACCCCACCCAUGGUGCGAUAGCUCCGGACCCUGGCCAACUCAAGAGUGCCUUCUCAUCGUCCACCGAAUCUUGCUGCAGAACGUGGCUGGCUCACUUCCUGCAAGCCGACCGCACCCUCUCUUCCCAGAAUCGCUUCCGCAAGUCGCCGGCCGUUCGGUCGAUACACCGUGCCGUCAGUCGCUACACGUCGAUCUGUCAAUGCAGUCGCUUUUCGUCCCUGGCUGCUAGAGAGAUUGCUCCGGACCGAGUCCUCCAUCCAUUCUUCGCGUCCACAGACCAGUCUCUGCGUUUCCUGCCUGCGGUGCUGUUGGCCACUGUUCGAGUUGGACAUAUUCGAGAGGCUGGAGCAGUCGGCUCCCGAACAAUUACGGGAUGA